AUGAACGCAUACUCCUUUGACGGGCUCAUCACGGUCGUGCUGUUGCUGGUGUGCACGUGCGCCUAUUUGAAGCGGGUGCCACGGAUCUCGACGUUGAUCGCGGACAAGAAUGCCCCGCUUGGCGUCUUCUACAAGGCGGCCGUCGUCGGCACUCGGUUGCACUAUGCCGUGUCGGUGUCCUGCUUGCUGACGGCCGGGGUAUUAUGCAGAAUACAGGGAGCCGCCCGUAUGCUGAUCAACGUCAUUCUGCCGGCUUCUCAGGCGGUCAAACGUCAUCCCAACCAGCACACCGAGGUCAAGCCCAAGCCCCUCCUCAGCAGCAGCAGCAGUCAUCGACGCCGGUGCCGCGGCCCAGGACGAGCGAAGGGGAGCCGCCAGCUAAAAGUUGUGUCAGCAAAAGAUGAGGAGGAGAUGGCCAAGAUUCGCGUCGACUCAAGGAUGUACGGCUACAUGAGCGAGUUCAACUACCCCUACAUCAACGAUGUGAACAACUACGAGCGUGUGCAGAAAAUUGGCCAAGGAACGUUUGGCGAGGUGUUCAAAGCCCGGUGUAAGAAAACUGGACGCAUGGUCGCGUUGAAGAAGAUUCUGAUGGAAAAUGAAAAAGAAGGCUUUCCUAUCACUGCUCUGCGAGAAGUGAAGAUGUUACAGCAAUUGAAGCACAAACACAUCACCGAGCUGAUUGAGAUUUGUUCGGCGAAAUCUUCGACAGCCAAGGAGCGGAUCACGUUCUACCUGGUGUUCACCUUCUGCAACCACGACCUGGCCGGCUUGCUCAGCAACGAUAAGGUGCAGCUGAAGCUCGUCCAUCAGAAAACCCUAAUGAAGCAUCUGCUCCUCGGCCUUUUCCAAAUCCAUCGCUGCAAGAUUCUUCACCGCGACAUGAAAGCAGCCAACGUGCUGAUCACCCAUGAUGGUAUUCUGAAGUUGGCCGACUUCGGCCUCGCGCGUCCCUACACGGUUGAUGCGACACAGAAGCACGCCUACACCAACCGCGUCGUCACCUUGUGGUACAGGCCGCCCGAGCUGCUGUUGGGUGAAAGGUACUACAACACCUCGAUCGACAUGUGGGGUGCCGGCUGCAUCAUGGCCGAGCUGUGGACCCGCAGCCCGAUCAUGCAAGGGGACACCGAGCAGCGGCAGCUCAGCUUCAUCACCAAGCUCUGCGGCGCCAUCACCCCAGAAGUCUGGCCGGAAUGCGAAAAACUGCCGCUCUACAAGCAGCUCGUGCUCGACCAGGACUGCCGGCGGCGCGUGCAGGAGCGGUUGUCAGUGAUAAUCAAGGAUACCGAGGCGAUGAAUUUGCUCGAGCGACUCCUGUCACUCAACCCCGCGCAACGCCCGUCGGCCGAGCACAGUCUCGAUGCCGACUUCUUCUACAGGACGCCCUACCCUGCCGAGGACGUCAGUGACCUGAUUCGUGGCCUCAACCACGAAUCGAUGUUCGAGUUUACGAUGGGGCGCGGCGCCCAUCAGAACCGACGGCCCGCCAACCAGCAGCAGCCGGCGGCUCGCCCCUCCGCACCCGCACCCAACGAGUACAAGGAAAUGGUCUUC